UAUUGCUGUGUGGAUGGUGAGUGACUGAGUGUUUCCAUUGCCAAAAACUUGUGAACUUAAAUCUACUCAUCAUGUGCUAUUCUCUACUUAUUCAUGCUUCUUUCAUGAUCUAUUUUUUUUUCCCCAAUGAGUACUUAUAAUAAUUCUCAUUAGCAAAUUUCAUCACUCUUUUAGCAUAAAAUAAAACAUAUAUAUACAUUCUUGAUCAAGAUCUUGAUCUUUACCAUGAAGCUUAAGUGUAACUUCAUUGUCAUCUUCUUCCUUCUCCUCCUCGCCUCGCCUUCCUCAGGAAAAAUGGAUUUAUCAAAAGUGAAUGCCUCAGAAAUUUAUGAAAUUGAUUAUAGAGGACCAGAAACUCAUACUAAAAUGCCUCCACAAAGAGUAGGAAGACAUAAUAAUCAUCAUCGAGGCACGUUGUUUCAUCCCAAUGCUACUAAGCCUGGAAAAAAUGGGAAGAAAAACCAUGGAUGAUGUAGUAAUAGUUUAAUAUAAUUAUAAUUAAUGGUGUGAUUUUUAGAUUUAUAUGGGCAAAGAGUGCGUGUCCUUAUUUUUAUGAAGCAAUCGAAAAUAUAUAUGUUUGAACUUCUUUAUUAUAUAGUUUACUUUCAUGUAAUAAUAUAGAGUAUGUAAUUAAUUUCCAAAUGCUUUGAGAUUGAUUUUACUUUUAUAUUAUGAUAUAUAUAUCUACUAAAGUUUGUGUCUUAA